AGCAGUUCGAGUGGAGCUUUUGGUGUAGUGGUUAUAAUCUCUGAAACAGCUCUGAAAAUAUGACAGACUGUGCUGUUUUGGGAUGCAGACCAGAUCCGAGAGCUUCCAUUCACUACUUACCAAAGAACCCUGUGCUGAAACAGAAAUGGCUGGAUUUUAUUUACAGACACCGCUUGAGCAGACCGUCAAAUCCUGUGGGAAUCCGUAUCUGCGGCUCACAUUUUACUAACGACUGUUUCGUCAAUUUCUUUCAAAGGUCGAUGGGUUUUGCCAAGAAGUUAAUUCUGAAAGCUGACGCAGUGCCAUCCAUUUAUCCAGGAUACCCAACAUGGUUUCAGCAUGGGACAGCUGGAUUAUGCUUACAAAGAGCAGAUGUGGCCUGUCAGUGCAACUCAGUGGUCGUGCAUGAAAUCGGUCUCCAGUGUAAUCUUCCAGUGAUCAGGACGAGGACUGUAGGGACCCAGCUGUCAGACCGGAGACCGGUAUACAGGAGAAAACUGGGUGUCCAGAUUGAGCUACUCACAGCAGGCGCUUCUGUCGAGACUAGACUAGCAGAACAAUAUGUCGAAGGUUUGAUUUCAACCUAUGAGAGACCUCCUCCAUCUCCUCCACCUAAUUGGUCACAGGCUGAAAUUGAAGAUGACGAUCAAUGCGUGACUGUGGAGGAGUCUGGAGAGAAGGUGAGCAGUGAAAGCAAUGGAGCAGCUGAAUGGCUGUGCCCCCUGUGCCAAAAAGGGCAACCAGACAGAUCCUCCCUGUCUCUACAUCUCACUGAGCAACACAGUGUACUUCCAACUUGUGUCGACAGACUUCUGGACAUUGCUGUUCUAAAACAGAGUGCCAGCGGAGGGAAAGAGGACAAAGGUGCUCUAAAGUCUUCAGACGCUGUAUUGUCACAACUGAAGCUUGCUGAAGACGUCAGUUCAGACCCCUGCCAAUCAAGUGAGCGUUCAGACGCUACCCAGACGCUCGGAGACAAAGAGAUGGAGGAAGAGAGAAUAAAUGAACAGGAGGGAGGUGAAGCUGAGCCACAGCCAGAAGAGGAGGGAAAUAAACUCACAGGAGCCAAACAGCAAAAUGCAGCUGAAAAUACAGAAAUCCCAGACGCUAGUCAGUCAGUUGGUAAAACCAGUGUGCCAGCUGCAAAUAACACCCGGUCUUUCAAAUGCAAUGCUUGCCUGGAAUCCUUUCCCAGUAGAACUGCCUUGAGUGUUCACUACAACUCUGCAUCCCACAUUCAGAGGAUGACAACAGGCUCUGCAAAACAAGGUGGAGAAAAUGAUCUCCAAAAUACAGUACCUGUCCUGUCUCGGCCAUAUAUAUCAAACAAACCCUACCAGUGUGCUAUAUGUCGAGUCUCUUACAAUCAUGCCAUCACCCUCGAGAGCCAUAUGAAAUCCGUCUUGCACCAGACCCGCAGCAGAAAUGCUGGUAUUGUUGCAAAUGCUGCAAACAGUGCAGUGGCCACUGGUUUGGGAGGCAGCAUCAACAGUGCUCCAAACACUGUAGUGAGCACAUCUGGAAAUGGACCCAGUCAGUUAGUUACCACCACCAACUGUGCAGCUCCUGGGACCUUGAUGGUGACUACUACAAAAGAUGGGGAGCAGAUCCAAACAACACAAGUGGGUCCCUCUCUCCUCACCUCCCCUGUGGCCUCAGCUCAGGCAGUUUCAGCCUUUCUCACCCUCCUCACAUCUAGUCCCAACACCCUCUCACACUCCCUCCUCCCCUCCUUGUUUGCGGCCGGUGCUGCUCCUGGUGCCGCCGCGACUCAGCUUGUGCCUCAGCCUCAGAUGGUCAUGCCCUUGAUCUUGAAUGGGCUUCAAGCCCAAACCCAGCAGCACCCAGAAAACCAGCAAGGCCAGCUCCUUACCCAGUGUGUGCCAUUCGUAGGUCUCAGCACAGCCCAGCAAGCCCUCCUAACCCAAAGACUUCACAGCUUACAGAACCAGUGGCCCUCUGCAGGACUAACUACAAACAUACAGUCCUGCCCGGAAGAGCAAAAGCAAAGUGUAAACAGUGAGAGAGAACAGGAGAAGCAGGACAGUGAUGGUACAGUUGAAGAGAAGGUCUCAGAUCAGAUCAAGGACAGGGUUAAGUGGACUACAGUGAACAUUAAAACUGAGAAAGCUGAGGAAGAGGAUAGUAGAGAAUUUGCACAAGAUCUUCAUGUAGAAAGUAAGGUGAAGAGUGAGAGUAAUGGAGACAAUGGGAAGGCACAUAGAGAUGGCACAACAGAUGGAGAGAGCUCGACUAAUCAGAUGGACCUGGAAGGUGAUAAAGCAUCUAGCCUGAAUCUCUCCCCAGCGGGCCCAGAGAAGAGCCUCCACAAUAACAACCUCUCGCCUUCUGCAUCUAUGCCCAGCAACUCAAGCCUCAGUCCUUUAAAUUUGAACCUUACACUUAGCCCUGAUUCAACUCCUCAAAAACAACAUUCUGGCACUAGCCCUUGUGGUUCUCUUGGCACCCCAAAAUCCAGCCCGAGUACAAAUGCCUUAACUAACAACCAAACUCGGCCCCAUUGUAAUACAAUGUCAUCCAUUUAUCCAGACCUUCCAGUGCUGUCAGAGUUUCAGUCGGAGGUUCUUUGGGCAUUCUUUGAGUCACGAAGUGAGGCUGAUGCUGCAAGCCCUCCCCGUGAGGACUGUGAGGCGCUGGGUAGAGAGGUAGGGCUUUCUGAGGAAGAGGUGCGUAGGUGGCUGAGCCAAGCCCGACAUGCUAAACAAAGGCAGAGGGCAACAGAGAUGCUAAACCUGCAAGGCUUGGCAGGGUUCACAAGAAAUGCUCAAAGUUCUGACAAUGACUUUGAUGAUGAGGAAAGCUCACUGAUUAUAGCAGAAGGUGAGGAUGACACAGAAGCUUCAGGUAGUCAGGCAAUCGAUCUGUCUAGUACAAGAGGGAAGCGCCGGCAGAGAGAUUUUGGAAGGGAGGGUCAGGGAGAUUCCUGUCUGACUUCUGACUCAGAAAAUGAGGUCUACACCUCUGUCAUUGUUUCAGAUGAGGAAAGUCAGAAUGGGUCUUUGAGGGAGGGUCCUGAAAGCCCUGCUAAAGAUGAAACACAGCGGGAGGUCCAUGGUGACAAGGGGUCAGUUGGAGGAAAGGUUUUGCGCUCCACAACUGUGUUUCUCUCUGAUGCAGAGGAUGAGUAUGAAGAUGAGGAGGGAGCAGGGGGUCCAAGAUCCAAGAGAAAAAAGAGAAAAGGGGAGUUUGAGUGCGAUGAGGUGGAGGUGAAGAAGGAGAGACAGGACCCAGACGUUGAUCUUGAGUUAGAGGCCCAAGGGGAUCCUCCAAGCUCACAGUCCCUCUCCAUGGACCAGAUUCCAAGUGGCGCUCUUCACACACUUCCUCUAUCCCUUGCUUCCUUUUCCACUCAGUUCCUCAGCCCCUAUGUCCUCUCUCUUACUCCAUCAAUGGUUGGAGAUGGGAGCAAAUUACCCAUCUUUCCUAACCCACCAACCAUUACACGCUUCUCCAGCUCUCUUCUCUCACAGACCCUCUCUUCACACAACCAAACUUCUCACUGGUCCAAUGGUGGUGACUGUGAGUCUGCUCUGGAUCUCAGCAUGGGGAAAAACAAUUCAAAAUCUGCUACUUCCUCAUCAUCUCUGGCUGAUAAAAUUGCAGCACAGAAGGGACAGUUACUGGAUGGGCUUGGCCUGAGGCCCACAUCCAAAGGUCUUGUCGUCGUCCAGGUUAAACCUGAAUCUGUUACUGCCAUGUCCUCUUCCAACAGCAGUACGAGUCUGGUCAACUGCAAUAACUUGACAAGAUCUAGUAUUUACAUGAGGGCAGCAGAAAAAAUGAAUGCCACAUUAUUAGAAAGGGAGCGAGAGAAGGAGAAAGAGAAGGAGAGGGAGCAGGAUCAGCAGCAGAGAAAGUCCAAAGGAAAGCGGUAUCGAGAUAUGCGGCGGUCAAGGACCAUCAUUCAAGCUGAACAACUUGACAUACUGUAUGGCUGCUAUUUCAAAGACCCAAACCCUGGGAAACAUGAGUUUGAACAGAUUUCUGAAUGGGUCCACCUCCCAAAGAAGGUUGUUCAGAUUUGGUUCCAGAACAUGAGGGCGAGGGAACGCAAGGGUGAGGUCCGAUUCAUCAGUGAUGGGACCCUGGCAGCAGUUGGCAAGCCCCUCAUCAAAUUUACAUGGCCUCUUUCCAAACCUAUAUUUUCCAACAAGCCUGCUGGAAACAAUACUGGAUGCAUCACAACUACUCCAAUUGUGCGCACCCUCAUGAAGACGGAGCGAGAUCCUGUGAAGGAGCUGGGAAAACCAGCUGUGAUGAAAAAAAUAACCCCAGUUCCCAUCAAGCCUAAGGAGUUUGUUUCGUCUACCACAGUCUCUCCUGUGAGCAGCAGUGCCUCUGCAGUGCCAAAGACCAAGCUCGAAACCACCAGCAAUGUCACUAUGGUCAAAGUUGCACCCAAAGUCAACCCCCCUGUCCUUUUACCACCACCCAAGGAUCCUGUCCCCAUUGCCCCACGGCCGUCCCAGAAGCGUAAGCUAGAUGAGGAGAGUGAGGAGGAAAAGACUGAUGAAGAGAGAGACCCUGACAAUGAGAUGGGUCCUGGACCAUGGACUACUAACCGCAUGGUACCCAAGCUUCCUUCAACGCCCAUCAACAACAGGCCUUCUGCCACAACAGUGGUGCCACAAAAACAGAAUGGGCUUAACUACUGGACCCCCAAAGUUCCUAUUAAGAUCAACACCUUAUCGAGAGAACAACUGGCCCUUCCCACACACACGACUCCUCGUACCAUCCCCCCUCCUCCCACCCCAAGCAUAGCACCAGUCAGCCCGAAUACCCCUAGCUCUGCCAAAGUGGCCAGCCCAUCCACCCCGGUUGUAGCUAAAUCAGGUCCAACAGAAAACAGCUUUCUGAUCCACUCAUCCAGCCGUAGGCCACGCACACACUUGUCCUGCCUACAACUGUCCAUUUUGCAGUCCUGUUACGAGACCUGUGCCCACCCUAACGCCCUGGAGUGUGAGGCCAUUGGCACCGAGCUCAACCUGCCACUCAAGGUGGUGCAGAUCUGGUUCCAAAACACAAGAGCCAAGGAGAAGCGCUGGAGGCUGCAGCAGGAGAAAAUGUCACCUCUGUCAGGUGGGAAAGUGGACAUGAGCUCAGGAAGCUACCUGCAGUACAACGCUCUCAAAGCCAAUCGUCCCAUCCUGCCCAAACCCGUUCAGCUGACAGUUACUGAUCCUCCAGCUUCCCCAGUGGCCGGCCAGUCUGUGCCAAAGGAGACCCUGACGGGCCGCUGUGAUGCCUGCAACAUCUCUUUUGAAUCCCGGGCUGCAGCAAGGGACCACGUCUUCUCCCCGCGUCAUCUGGCAACCCUGAGAACCACUAACUUUGGUCAGCCGACGACGCUCGUCAACAAGAACGGAACCGCUAACAGCGGACCUGGCAGCACUGUGCCGAGCCCGCAGGUCUCUCAUUCCACUCAAGUAACCAGCUCUGGUGCUGGUUCUGGAGGGGAUAUGAUUAUUGAGUCGCCUCCACCGACGGCCACCAGCAACAGUUAAAGACUCAGAUCAGGAUUGGUCUGCACACUGACUAUUCUUGGACCCAUUUGGGCUCCUCAGAUUUUAUUAAACAAAUUUGAGCACUAAUCCUCAAAAGCUAAUAUUCUUUAGUUUUUGAAGUUGGCUCUCCCUGCACCCGCUAUCCUUUGCUCAACCUUCACUGACUCAAUAUCCGUUAAUCUGUAGAGUUCACUUAGAAUACAAUACAACAGCAAACUAUUUCCAGGCUGCUUGUUACUUAAUCAGUUGCUGUCUGAUAAGUGAUGAACACAUCUCAAGUUUCCCCUCAGUCCUCAUACACUUCACCCAAACUUUUUGGUCCUAACCCUGUGGUUAUAUGUUACCUUCCUAUAAUUUGUAAAGGCACUCAACUUGCCAUGCUUGAACUGUCCUCCCCUAAAGACUGAUGCAAAAGUGUUUCUUCUUUGGAAGUGGCCGAUUGACAGUGGGCCGGAAACACUUUUUGGGAUGAUAACACAAAAUACUCACAUUCAUAACUCCUACUUUGCUCCUGUGGAAUUGUUUUUUCUUAUGCCUACUUUCACUUCUAGGGUGGAGAUUGCCUGGAUAUAAAAUUAUUGGACUGAACCAUUGGGAGUGGAAGAACUGGUAUUAACUGUCACCUUUUUAUUUGCUACAGAGUGUGAUCUGAAGAGUGUUGUGUCUACUUAUUUGGGAUAUAAAAGAGGUACUUUAGAGAUAAUAGGGCUGUUGAAUUGUCCCCAUGUACAUGUUCAUAGUUUUCAUGACAAUCCAAAUAGACAGGGCAAAAAGAGAGUCCGAGGAAAGUAGAAUCUUGGCAUACCGCACUUUGACACAUUUUACAUUGUUUGAAAUGUUUUUAAGCAUUCUAAUGCAAGUGUCUUUUUAUGGAAAGAUACAUCCAUGCAUGUUGGAUGCCUUAAUAUAAAUCGCGUGAAAUAAAUUGAUUUUUUUGCUAGUCUAAUGAAACAUGCUUUAGGUGUGAGCAUAAUAUUGUGCAAGAAGCAGACAUGGGGAUAUAAAUGAAGAAGAGCUCUGUUCCAAAUUGCUUUUACGUCAUUUUUUGGGGGGGAGGAAACUCUGAAUGUCGUAUUCUGUUCCUAGAACAUAGCAAAUCUUGCCUGUAAAGUUGUCAGCACUCUAUUGGCCAAGGACUAUAAUUACUAACAAACUUGCUUUUGCGACAAAUCUCUUUGAUCCUGUGGAUUUCACUUUCUUCCCCAAAUGGUGUAUAUCUCAUUUUGGAAUGCAGCUCUUCCGACCCGUUGGGGAAAAUAGAUGUUUUCACCUACUUUUUAGGUGUGUUGAAAAUAUGACAGCCUUAAGAGGAAACACCACCAGGUAUAUAAAUACAAGCCCAGGUGAUCCUCAUAAAAUGUUUGUGAAUUAAUUUCAUCCACAUCUAGCACGGAGGGUCGGGCCGAUUUUAAUAAAUUUUACGGUUUUCUUUGCCAUGAAUACUGUGGAUAAGACAGGAGAUUUAAGUACUCAUUUUAUUUACUUCAGUAUUUAUACCAAUGACAAUAGAAGCAAUUAAAAAACUGGUAUAACUGAUGUUUAUUUAGGUCAAAAAGCCAAAAGUCUAGAAAUAUCAAGAGACCAGGGCUUAAAAUGGGCUGUUUUCUGUCCCCCCGCUUUCCUGUUUUGUUAAGUUUUGAAACAGAGUUACUAAUGCUGAUAAUGUACGUGCUGUGAAAUGAGAUCUAAUAUCUGGAAACUAAGACAAGGGAGAAAGUUGAGUAUUCCUAGUAUCUGUGAGGGACUAAUGGAUACUCAAAUCUAGGAAGCAAAUUGGGAAACAUUAAAUGUGUUGACUGAGAGCUAAUAAGAUGGUGCUGUGUUGAAGGACACUUAACAUACUAAAGAUGUUUUCCUUCAAUUUAAGUUGUAUAUUAAUGUUACUAUUGAUAGUUUUAACAAAAUGCAAAACUAAAACAUGAACUUUUUGUAAAGGAAAUAUAUUAAAAUAACUGAUAUUCCAAAGUAAUCCUCCCUUUGCUUUCUGUCAUUCAAAAACCAAAAAGCAAUCUUGAGGUCGACAGAGAGCAGGAGAGGUGUUCGCAAAUGCAAACUGUAAAGGACAUCCCACGGCUUGACACUUGCACUAGUCCACAAUUUUUGCACAAGCUACAGACAUUUCAAAUGAACACAGCCAUCAACGCAACAUGAAACGUCACUUGGUGUGGUUUUUGAAACAAGGAGGGUGACAAUGUCCUUUCAAGAGUUAGAAUUUGUACUCCUGUUGGAAACUGUAUCUUGUGUGUAAAGCAAGGACUGGAGUGCUUGAAGCUCGAGACUGGGAUUACACACACCCACACACACACACAUACACACACACAGACACGGUGUUGCACUGUCCAAACUAGAUAGGUUUUUAUGGAGAUCUGCUUUUUAUUCUCUUACGUUUCAUUGUCACUUUGAUUAUCACUAUUGUUAUAACUGUACUACUACUUAUACGAUUUAUCAUUACUACUCAUCACUGUUUUGAUUAUUAUUGAUCCAUAAUUGUUUUAAAUGCCACCUCUCUGCUCUGGUAUUCCUAUGAAUAUUGAACAAUAAUAGUGGCAGUGUUGUUCUGAAUUGUUAGAUUUUUGAUUAAGCUUAUUUUUUCCUCCUCACUUGUACCUGCCUUUUUGUGUUUGGUCUCCAUUAUGCUUUCUUUGAUAUACAGAAAAAGAAAUAAAAUCAGUUGAACAACAUAACAUCUGUCUUUAUCACAGUGGAACUCUGUCACUGAAGUUUGAAG